UCACGAUACCUGGGAGAGGCUGCGGUUAUCGUCGCCGUGAGUUGCGAACGUAUUAUUUGGUCUAUCUGGUUGAUCAGGAGAACUGGACUUGGGACAGAUCUGAACAACUUGGAACAGAGUUAUAAAUUGAAGGCACUUUGGAGAUAACUAUGUCAAAGUUAAUCUACGGAUGGAACUAAAGACAAAAAUAAGUUUUAUUGACCUGAGGUUCAUUGUGAUCUGUGACUUAGAUGUUUAAAUGCAAAUUGGGACUACAAUGUGGGAAUUCUUUGACAACAGGGUGAUGUUGGACAUUGUCAAGUUGGCGUUGUUGGUGGAACUCUUGAUAUGCUUUUCUGGCACAACUGGUGUUGGUGCCAUGCAGUGCUACACAUGUAACCACAACGAAAACAAUAGCAAUUACGUCCUUUCCCAGGGUACGGGUGGUACAGCGUCCUCCAAAUAUUGUGAUUACCCCAUUAACAACAAAAGUAUGAUAACCACUUGUUUUAAGCCAGCCAACACGGAACCAAGGUAUCAGUGCACCGAAUACAUUGCCAAAAACGCCACCAAAAAUGUGAGAAUAAUCGUGCGGGAUUGUGUGCCAACAAACCCGAAGUACACGAGUGAUAUCCACGUCCUCUGCGACCGACCAGGCACCGUGCAGUCCGUAACACUGAUGGGAGAGACAUAUGAUGCCAUCGCCAAGUGCUGCGACAAGGACGCCUGCAAUGUGGAUAGAUUAAGCUUCGCCGAACCGACCACUCCGAAACCAACCGAACCGUCACCCGCAAUGUCAGCGUUUCUAUCGCUUUCCUCAGCUUGUUACGCUUUCGUUUUCUUGUGCUUAUUUUUGCUGUGACAUAAAAUAUACAGGAGGGGUUGGUUUGACUGGGUAAACGAUUUCGAAGGACACCAAGGAUUUAAAGGUUUUAGGAGGAGAACAAGGCUGGAACAUGUUAACAAAGUUCGAUAUUCUAUAUAGUGUGUAGUUUCACUUGUCCGUCGAAUGCUACAAUAUUUUUCUUAUUAAGCACAACUAAACUAGUUGAACUAUUUGAUCUUUGUGUUCUGUGACAGAAAUCAAGCAACAACCAGUCAGUUGGAGAUAACCAUUGAAUGGAGCCGAUUUAAUGAUUCAAAUUUGGCCUGAAGCGGUGAGGAAAAUUGUACAGUAACUAGCGCUUGAGGAGCAUUAAAAUGGCAACAACCACUAUGUAACUGUUUUUGUUUGUGGUCGGCUGUAACCCGGGUCCCUCUAUAAUGGACGGGUCAGAAAUAACACACAAACUAUUGCUGUUCUUAAAUCAGUGUGUAGUUUUUACAUCUUUUACCACCGUAGGACUGAAUUUUACCAAACACCUUUAGAACUGUCAACAAAGAACCUUCGUGGCUCUCCGAUCCGUUUAUGGAAACGAACACAUGGCAGAAAGGACCACAAAAAGGUCCACCCAGACUUUCAUAUACAUGUAUAUGCAUUAUAUCGUUUGGACUGUGUUUUUCACACGCCAGAGAGUAACAUUGCCAAUCUGAAAGUGUUAUAACCUCUUUCCAGUCUUGUUGUUAUUAGAUGUACAUACAUGUAACAUGUGUUAUGAGAGUGCAUCACACUUCAACUCGUCAUCAACAGUGAGAUAUUCUAGGAACUAUCGCUGUUUAGUACGGGUUGACUGUUUCGAGUGGUACCUUAAGGCAUUUGGAUUUCUAGGCUACUGGUACCGGGAUGUUUCGGCAAUAAGUUGCGGUACUUACUACACUAUGAUAAGUGAUAUUUUGCGCUUUGAACACGUUGCUGCUAUCUAGCUUACGAUCAUCGUUGCCGGCGUCACCUUUUCAUUGAGGAGAGAUCGACGAGUCACCAACAACGUUAUCAUAGAGGAAUUCGUCUUCCAGUGAUAUUGCUUAUUCGAGAAGUUACCAUCUUUAUAACUGUGAUUAAUAAUGAAACCGCCAAAGGAACUAAUUAACGUGUUGUGUUUAGUCGAUUUACCAUUGGAUUUUUGUUAGGCUAAACAUCGGAACCAGCCGCUUGUCAGCAUACCCUUGUAUGAUUUGAAAUAACUGUGGUCAGUGACAGUAGAUCUUAGCAACCAACCGAGGUAUCAUGCACUUCAGCAUGUCCUCUAUUCCGGAGUCAAGAGCAGAGAGGCGAGAUAUCGCUGGGCAAACCCUAGGGGAUGAUGAACUGCUGCUACUAGCGGAGGAGACGGGCCAUCGUUUCACCACCAACCUCGGUAAAGGCCAUUCGCAUGCUUUCAAUGCGGUACAGCAAAGCAUUGUUGAAGAGACGGAUGAGUCGUCUUCAGACGAACAAACAGACGAAACCAGGCAAGACUACACCCAACGUAACAUUUGUAGAAAGACUGGUAAGGUUCUUAAGCGUGCCGACACAUGUCCACCGCAGCUGAUGAUAACACUGAGUGACUACAGUAGCCCCGACCGAACUGAAACUGUCCUUGAGACCAUUCCUCACCGCUUGACUGACCAUAGUAGUCCUGACCGGACAGAAGCACUCAUUGAAACGAUCCCUCACGACUUAGCUCUGUUGAGAGUGAGAGCAAAAGGGGACUACAUGGGCAUGAUGUCUCCCCCGCCCAUCAGGCGAGUCGCAUCCAUCCAUCCUUCAGUAGUAGGCCAGGUGGUCACCAAACCGACUUCCCGAUCAUUUCUCUUACGUCACCGUUCUGCCGAGGGAAUAAACAUCAACGAACUGAGAACUACAAGGAAUAGUUCGUGUGAUAGCAGUGCAAGUUGCUCUUCUAACACCUCGCCAUUUGGCUCCAGACGGAGUUCAGAUUCUUGUGCUAGUAGCAGGCGAGAUUCUAACGAGAUAAGUAGCUAUUCGCGAAAUUCUUCUCAGGAUUUGGGUAGCAGCGAACGAAACUCGGGGUCUGAUUCGACUCAAAUGAUCUCGCACUCGAUGAAGAAGCGUAUUCAGCGCAACUCCACUGUGGAUAUUGGUGCCGUUAUAUCCAAGCUUACCGACCUCCGGGAGGAGAAGGAACGGUGUCUCAAGAAGCUGGAGGUACCCGAGAAACGAAUUCGGCGCAGGUCCACUGGUUGUAAUGAGUUUGAUUCUUGUUCCCCAGUUCAAGAGAUGAGGAGAUUCUCCAUCAAUUCAAUAACGUGUGCGAGGACCACAUCGGCUUCUUUAGGCCUUGAUUUGCCCAUCGCAAACAAACGAAGGCGAUCUGUCGGUUGUAUAUUGGAAAAGACGUCUAUCGAGUCUCCUCCCUCAAUCAAGGACAACCUCCAUGCGUUUUCCAACGGCGGGGUUCAAUUUCAAUGUACAGAAUUAAAAACGCAGAGGUCGCGCACACUGACAAUGUCAGGUCCGAGGCAGUCUCUGGCUGAAGAAAAAAACGAUUUUAAGAUGCCAGCAAUGCUGGUUAGAAAUAGCUCCGCAUGUACUUUAGAUUCCUGUGAUACACCAGACUCUGAGUCGCGGGCCUUGAGAAGCGAGCGCCGUCACUCAUUGACGCCAGGGACCAAAUAUCUCACAGCCCCGACUCCAGAGCUGAUCCGACUGAGAUCGAAAUCAUUGGAAAAUAUCACGAGAUUACAGAACGAGCGUGCACCGUCUCCACUGACACACACUGCUCUGACAUCCUCAAAAAAGCGCAUUGAUCAAAGAUUAGGCAAACCAUCUCAUAACAGAGGGGCGCCUUCAAACACGGAGAAACGGCUUCAGGAGCGACAUUCCACCGUUCGCCAUCUUAGGACAGCGCUUCAGUCUGUGUACGCAAACUGGUCCACAGCAGAGAAACUAGCUUACAUGACUGAGGUAGAACGAUUACGUGAGAAUCCUUAGAAAUCGUCACCAGUGUAUGCGCACGGUAUGUACAUAAUCUGUUGAGAAUGCUGGAUGUCGAGAAGGAAAUUAAUGAACACUUCAUUAAACAUUACCAAAGCUAAGAGCACUGUAUUGAACGAUAUUUGUGUCAUGUGAGAAUAUGAACCACAACCACGGACACAGUACGUAUAUGUAGGUCCAUGCCGCAAAACUGUGAAAUAUAGACUAAUCCUAAUGACGUUUAGCAUCAUAGGCAUCAGCUAACAGGAGGCCUAGCCCCUUUGCUCAAAAAUUGAAAAUUGAAAUGUGCAUUGAUAGUGUAUUUGAAGGGCUGAGAGUACUAAGGACAUAAAAUGAUUGCAUGGUUCUCAGAUAUAGUUGGCGACACUGUCUAUUUCCUCUUGUCAGCAACACAUUUCCUCUGAAAUAUGUGUUCGAAUGUACACCGCGGAAUUCUGCUACUUCAUGUACGACUAAUGUUUUACUCACCUUCCCGCCAGUUUGCGGUAUUUGGGGUGUUUCACGAUUGACAUGAAAUUGUGCAUACAUUAUAAGAGCUGGAGUGUUACAUUGAAGAUACAUUUUGCUGAUAUUGACACAUGCAGUUAGAAACCCAAAUUGGCAUUUGGUAGCCCUGUUCGCAUCAGAAUGACUAGCGUUCGCCAUCUUUCACUUCUCCAGCUGUAUCUGUUUUGAAACUAUUCGAACACUGGUUAUCGUGAAGUUAUACGCUUAUCAUCAAAUUAAUCAUAUUUUUUAUACAUUCAGUCCUGAAUAGGCCACCCAUGGCCAAAGAACGCAAUG